AACUCCUGGAUAUGGAAGGACUCUCUGGCGUCAAGAUCCUCCUGCUCUGGGCUCAGAUCAUCGCUAUGGUCAACUGUCAAGGAUCUCCAACUCCAAAAGCCCCUCCACCUCCACCUCCAGAGUGUUUUUACAAUGUCACAGCCAUCCAGUUUGGCUUCCAGGUUGACAUGUUGAACUUUACCCCCGCCAACUACAACGUCAACAUUAAAGAAGAGGGCCGACCAGGCAAACCCAUCGUUCAGUCCUUCAAUCAAAAAUCACAUAAAAUCCCACAUCUGAAGCCCUGUACUGAAUAUAAGCUUAAUGUGACAUUCAUCGAUAACGCUGGCAAAGCAACACCCUGUAAACACAUUGAAAAUAGAACUAUGACACUGACACUGAAUAUGACUCAAACUGAAGUUGAAGAAGGCAGCUGCAUGCCUGGAUAUGUUUGUUACCGGAGUAACUGGGACAUCAGCUCUUCACUCUCAACAAAAAAUUAUAUUCCAGCUAUGCCAUGCAAAAGCAGCAAUACGGAGUUCUGCAUCAAACCUGGUUACAAUGACAUAUGCACAAAUUUAACUACAAGCUUCACUUCAGAAAAGUGUGGGGCUUUCUUUCACCUCACCAAAGACAUCACUGUUGGUUUCUUAGAUCCAAGUGAAAUAACUCAGACAGGUCCAACUGAACUUCCUGCAAAAAUUGAACCAAAUUUACCUUCAAACUGCAGCAAUCUCACCAUUGAUUACACCUGUCAGGAAGCUUAUGAACUCAACACCAAGAAACUGUCUGAUCUGGAGCCCUUCACAGACUACAGCUGUACUGGUCAGAUCAAGAAAAACAAUGUCCCCGUAAAAAACAAGACUGCUUUCAAAGUCAGGAUUGACUGUGAUCUUACAAUAAGCUUCACACAGAAAACUGUCACCAACACCUCCAUUCAGUUGAGAUGGGACACGACCAGUAAGAAGUGUGGAGCUGUCCUUCCUGAUCUUAAGAAGCUUUCUUAUGCCUGCAGCUGUAGCCCUCACUACAAUCAGAAACAAAAUAUUCUAGCUAACGUGAAACCGCCAGGACGAGCAUGUAAAAUUGAAGGACUGGAACCAUUUACCACCUAUAACUGUGACGUCCAAACCAAAUACAACAACAAGACAGUUACCCAAACAACUCCAGUUCAUAUCCAAACUGAGGCGGGAAUACCAGACGCUAUCACUUCACUGAAGGUGAAUCAUCCAGAACAUAACGUGAUAAGAGUAACUUGUUCUUAUGGAAAACGUUGGAAUGGGCCUAAGAAGACAUACAUUGCACUUCUUUAUAACGGUGGUGUCAAGACUAAUGAGCUUGAAAACGGAAAGUGCGAUUUUGAAUUCAAAGAUCUAAGCUACUCAACAGAAUAUAGACUGGAGCUGACUGUUUUUAAUGGAUAUCAUCGGAGCGAGCCCAAGAAAGACACUGUUUUCACUUCCUAUAAUGACAAAGCUGUCAUUGGGUUUCUGGUCUUCCUUAUCAUCCUUACAUCUGUGGCUCUGCUUUUGGUCGUCUACAAGAUUUACAUUCUGAAGCACAGAAAGUCCAGAAAGGUAGCGAAUGAAGACGUGAUGCUUGAACUAGAAGCCAGUGAGUAG